CCGACUGGUGAGAUUUUCAAUGUGGAGAAAAUUCUAAGCUUAUUUCUUCUCGGCUGCCCCAACGCAGUCCUCACUCCGCACAGAUCUCAAUCCACCCCCCCAUCCCCGCCCUCGCGGCACCAUUGCCCGCCUUCUUCUUCCUCACUGUUGCCGCCACUUUCUCCGUGGCGCAGCGACGGCGCUUCCCUAUACCCGCGCCACUCCGUCGCUCGUUUCGUCACUGCUUCUCUCUUCAAUCUCCGCUUCUGUCGAGCAACGCUGCUGUCGUCGGAGUUCGUUUUUCUCUGCUAGAUGGAUCCCGUUAACCGAACUCCUCAGAGUAGGAGUUUCUUCUCUGGAUAUACUCGAUUGUGCAAGGGCCUUGCUUUGGUGCUUGUUGCUGGACACGCUUUACUGCAGUUAUUUCCUUUUACAGUUUCCUAUCUCGCACUUAUUCCAACGAGGACAAUUCCAUUUGCCUGGAACCUCGUAACUUCCGGUUACAUGGAGCAAACACUGCCUGGGGUAAUCAUCAGUGUAGUUGGUCUUCUUUUCAUUGGGAAGUUUCUGGAACCACUAUGGGGAUCGAGGGAAUUCUUUAGGUUCAUUGUUGUUGUCAACUUCUUAAUUUCGAUCUGCAUUUUUGUCACCGCUAUUGCGCUAUACUACAUCACAACAGAGGAGAGCUAUCUCUACACACCUGUUUCUGGUUUCCAUGGGAUCCUUGCAGGUUUUUUGGUAGGAAUCAAGCAACUUAUGCCAGAUCAUGAGCUGAGUCUAUUUUUCCUGUUGAAAAUAAGAGCAAAGUGGAUUCCUACUCUCAUUGCAACGGUUUCAGUAGCUGUGAGCUUCUUCGUACCAGAGUCUGCUUCCUACCUUCCAACUGUACUAUUUGGCUUCUACAUGGGUUGGCUUUACUUGCGUUAUUUUCAGACAAAGCCUGAAACUGGCCUCAAAGGUGAUCCGAGCGACGAGUUUUCCUUCUCUAGCUUCUUCCCUCAGUUUCUGCGCCCAAUUCUUGAUCCAGUUGCUUCAUUGUUUGACAAAAUGUUGUGUGGAAAAAGAUUGCAUAAGUUGAGUGAAUCUAGCUCACUGGUGUUAAAAGGAAAUCCGUUACCUGGAUCUGAUCCUAUCGAUGCAUCAAGGAGAAGUAACACGUGUCCUCCUCUGUGGCCUGUGACAGAGAACGGGGAGCAAGAGCACUGGAGCAGAGGCUGGCAGAUGAGAGAGUUGAUGCUGCUGCUGUUGAUGGGAAGAAGGAAGGUGCUGCCCAUGGAGAUGCUUCAGAAAUUGUUUAGGAAAUAAGCUUUUACUGCAUGGCCUUUUCUUUUCACAGUUUGGGAGAGGAGAUCAGAAUGUGAUGAAUGAAAAAAAUAAAAGUUUUUAUUUUAUUUUAUUUUUUUUCAACUUCCCCCAUUUCUAUGCCUUGUUGUUCUCUUUUACUGUUUUUAACUUGUUACAUUUAGUGAAUAUAAGAGUAUCAUACUACAUUAUAAUAUUUUGAAGCUGGGUUUUU